AUCUGGAAUUGAUCCUAUAUAUCUUCAUCACCUGUGUAAUAUGAAUGCAGAAAAUGCUCUUGAUCAGCUACAGGCCAAGUUCGCCAAGAGGGAAGUUAAAGUACUGAACAAAAGAUCAAAACUGUAUAACGUAUGUGAUGCAUACAAAUGGAAGCACCCUGUGUAUGAGUGCUGCAAAGAGGAAGGGCCGGCCCACCUGAGGAUGUUCACCUUCAAGGUCGUUAUUGAGAUAAAAAAGGAACCCUCAGAGCCAAACACAGAAGUGGAAUGCUUUAGUGCACCGCAGCUGAAUAAGAAAGCUGCAGCGGAACACGCCGCAGAAGGAGCGUUAUGGUACUUGAAGAAGGUUGGUUAUGAUUAAUAAUUCAGAGAUGGGUGAAAUAAACUAUUGUGGAUCGGAACUUCGCUAACCGUUCGUAUGAUUUUGAUCA